AUGGCAGCACCGAACGUAGAUACCGUAGGCUUCGCACCACAACCCACGCCUCAGCCUGCAGCUGAAGCCGUACUAAAUUCUGCACCGAGAAAACCCUCCGAAACACACCGCUUCCCUAUACAGCCCCUCAAUCGCUUUCAAGGCGCCUCGGCAAGCAUCAAGCGCCCGCGCGAAGUCGCCCAUUUCUCCUACGACGACAACCACGAAUACCGAGAUGAUGAUUCCAGCAUCAACUACUAUGUCCCACCGCCAAUGGGUACAGAUAUGAAGGAGGGUUUCGACACGUUCAAGCAUUAUGAGGAGAAGGAAGACCCCCACCUUGACAGCCUGCUCAAGGCCUUGAUAUACAAGGAGGGCAAUGACGCGUCUGCAGCAAAGAUCAAGGCUGACUUUGUGACGUGGCGGGGCAUGAUGACAAAAAUUAUGACGGCUCCCUACGACAACUUCGCAGAAUUCAGCAUGUUCGCAACCCUGCACGACGGCACAAUCUACAUCGAAGAAGACUUCCCCUCACGCGCCGCCGCCCGCGCCGCCGAGUCCUCACGUCCGCCUCCACGACACCAGCAUCCCGAUCAGCAAUCCCAAGCCAUGAUGGCCUACUGGGGCUACAAAUUCGAAACACUCUCGCUGAUCCCUACACCUCCCUCAACAACGCCGCCAGACCAAAUUCGUAUACACCAACAAUCCAUAACCUCAAAUCAUGCACAAUACUGCUCGAUCGUCCACACCUCUUUCGGUACGCACAGGCUCCUUCUCGGCGGUGAAGUCGAUGGGCUACUCUCACCCAAGCCCUCAAACCCCAGCGACUCCAUACCGUGGGUGGAGCUCAAGACCGCCGAAGAACUCCCGCCCCGAGAGCGGCAGCAGCACCGCGACGUCUUGAAAUUCGAGCGCAAGCUGCUCAAGUUCUGGGCCCAGAGUUUCUUGCUCGGCGUCCCAAAGAUUUGUGUCGGGUUUCGUAGUAAAGCGGGGAUUUUGAGGGGACUGCAGAUGUUUAAUACGCAUGAGCUGCCGGGAAUGGUACGCAGGGGGACGGGUUGUUGGGAUGGGAAUGUGUGUAUCAACUUUGCGGUGGGGUUUUUAGAGUGGUUGCAGGGUGUGGUCAAGGGGGGUGGAGUGUAUAGUGUAGUGCUAAGGAAGAAAGGCGGGGUCGUUGAGGCGAGAAAGGUGAGCGAAGGAACGGGGGGGAUUGUGAGUUCAGAGUUUUUGGCGUGGAGAAGAAGCGGAGAGCAGAAAGAACAAGGUCUAGAGACGAGAGUGCCCACAGAAGUGAGGCACAAAGAUGAGCAAAAGUCCGAGACGACCGCUUAA